AUGCGAACGUGUGUAUUGAACGGCCGCCUCCGCUUUCAGAGCAGCGGCGGCUGUCGCACGGCGAGCGUAGCGGGCGCGAGCGCGGUGACGGUCGCGGGAGCGGGCGCGGGCGCGGGCGCGUGCGCGGCGCGCAUGGCGAGCGCGGGCGCGCAGUACCGCGGCGGCACGCAGCAGUGGGGAGCGGCGUACGCGCCGCAGCCCUGCCGCUACCCGCCGCCGCAGCCGCAGGCCUACGCAACGGCCCAGAGCCCCUUCACGCCGCACCCGUACGCGGGCGUGACGAUGACCGGAGGGUGCGGUGCAAACGGCACGCGCGUGCCGACUGCCGCCUCCCCCGCCAACACGGCCUCGUCGUCCUCGUCGAACACGGGCUCUGCGGGGGGCACCCGCUCCACCAGCCUCAGCAACGGGCCGCCGCCGCCUACCUCUUCCGCCUCCACCACGGGCGCGUGCUCGGAACAGCUGAGCCGCACCAACCUCUACAUCCGCGGCCUCAGCCAGAACACCACGGACAAGGACCUCGUCCAAAUGUGCCAGAUGUACGGCAACAUAAUUUCAACGAAGGCAAUAUUGGAUAAAAAUACAAACAAGUGUAAAGGUUAUGGUUUUGUAGAUUUCGAAUCUAUCGCGUCAGCGGAGGCAGCUGUUAAAGGAUUACAAGCCAAAGGUGUUCAGGCCCAGAUGGCUAAAGUGGGUAUCUGGUUCCUGCGUAGACUGAACCGUCAACAGGAGCAGGAUCCGACCAAUCUGUACAUGGCCAACCUGCCGCCCCACUUCAAGGAGAACGACGUUGACCAGCUGCUGGCCAAGUUCGGACAGGUCGUGUCCACGAGGAUCCUGCGCGACACCCACGGCCAUAGCAAAGGGGUCGGCUUCGCCAGAAUGGAGUCCAGGGAGAAGUGCGAGCAGAUCAUCCAAAUGUUUAAUGGUAACUCGAUACCAGGCGCUAAGGAGCCGCUGCUGGUGAAGUUUGCUGACGGCGGGAACAAAAAGAAGGCGCUGUACAAACAAAACGACACUAACGGCAGAGUAUGGCGAGACAACAAUGAAUCCAUCACACAGACGGUGUGGUUCCAGGCGAUGAGCGUGAGCGGCGUGUACGCGGGCGGCGUGGGCGCGGCGGGCGCGGGCGACUGCGCGGGCGUGUACCGCGGCGGCGGCGUGUACGGCGUGGCCGCGUACCACCCGCAGCUGCACGCGCACCCCGCCGCCUGGCUGGCGCCGUACGCGGCGCUGCUGCCGCCCACGCACGCGCCGCACCACGCGCACGCCGCGCACGCGCCGCACCCCGCGCACCUGCCCAUUGACUCCGUGCCCAGCCAAUACGUAAACUGGGACAGCUUAAGGCCGGAAAAUGAAUUAUACUAUUUCCCGUCGCCUCCGUACCAGUUCUUCGCGGGCCCGACGCCGCCGAUCAUCCAGAUGCCAAUGGAGAGCGAGCACGCAUCCACCGCGGGAUCGCCCGACGAGGCCUACCAGUCCUACCCGCCCCCCAAG